AUGACCGAUCAGUUUGCUUUCUCCUACCCUUCGCCGCUGGAGGGCUACGAAAACCUGCCCCCUCUUCCUGAGGCCAAAAACGAAGAUGGCAAGUCAUUCAAGAAUCCGCAGCAUGGGAUCUUGAGCAAGGCAUACGAGGAAUUCCCAGACCCGCUCGAGAAGGGUUGUCGUGGUGGCUUUGAUAUUCACAUAUAUCAUUACCAGAACAAUCCCGACCAGGUCGUAUUUGCCAAAGCGCUUUGGGAACGGAUCCGCCGCGAAUUUCCCGAACUUCGCAUAUACACAUUCUUCGACUGCCCCGUUGGCCCACAUACAGUCGCGAUGUUCGAAGUCAACAUAUUUACUCCAGCCCAGUUUGGCGCUUUCGUCCCGUGGCUGGUCAUUAAUCGCGGUCCGCUGAGCGUCCUACUCCAUCCAAAUACAGGAGAUGAGCGGGAGGAGGAACGAAACCAUACACAGCGCGCCACAUGGAUGGGCGAGCGCAUACCCCUGGACCUGCGCGUGUUCAAUAUCAUACGCGAGAAGCAGGGGUCUUGA